GUCCAAUGCCGCAGCCCGGCAGGGCUGGAGCUGAUGAGCGCAUGCGCCAAGAUUUGGCGCGCAGUGCCCGGUCCAAGACCGUUCUCCUGCGAACGGUGCAGCGAAAACAAGGUGCCGCUGCAGCGUCGUCUCUUCUGAAGGGCAUGGUAGAAGAAGACGUGGAGGUGAACGUGUUUCACUACAAUACUGUGAUCUCUGGAUGGGCUGCUGAAGGAGAUCUUGAACGCGCCAUAGAGACCUUUGCCCAGAUGCGCGAACGCCAUGUGAAAGCGAGCAUUGUAAGCUAUGGGGCGCUGUGUGGUAUCGAGUGGCGCCACGGCAUGCAGAUUUUGCAGCAACUGGAGGCAGAAAACUUGGAACCCAAUGCCAUUCUACUGACCUCUGCAGCUGCGGCUCUGCAACAAGGUCAGAAGUGGGAAGUUGCUGUUGGCGCCCUUCAUUCUUUGAUGAUUCGACAAGUCUUGACCAAUGUGAUCUGCCAGAACUCUGUUGCCAAUGCAUCCGCGAAAGCAGUUCAAUGGUGGGCGGCGCUACAUCAGCAAUCAGCAAUGCAGCAGGCCAACAUUCCUUUGGAUUCCACCAGCUGCGUUUGCAGCCGAAGUGCUUGGAGCAGUGCGUCGAGAUCUCAGUAUCAAAUGCUGAAGAAUGCAACCGCGGCCAGCAUCAGGAGCAACCAGAUAAUGGUCAAUUCUGGUGCCGCUGCUUGCACUGAUGCGCACCAGUGGAAGCAGGUGAUUUGCCUGCUCGAAUGGAUGGCAUCAACAUUUCUGGAGCAAAGCGUGGUCAGCUUCAAUACAGCUGUUACUGCUUAUGGUAGGCGGUCUUGGAGUCGGGCAGCUGAAGUUUUGCAGGCCGCCAUGGAACAGCUCCAACCGAAUGUGGUAACCUUCAACAGUAGCAUUGAUGCACUUGAUCAGACGCACUGGCACUUUUCGGUGGUCAUGUUGGACCGAAUGCGCUCGUUGCAGAUUCAGACUGACCAACUGACUCGCAACUGCUUGAUCAGCUGCGGUGUUUGGAACUUGGUACUAAGCUGCAUCAAGGAUGUGCUUGGUUUCAAUGCAGCCAUGAGCAGCUGCGAGCAGAGCGGACAUUGGUGGCAUGCCAUGGCCCUGUUCACCUCCCUAUGUUCCUCAGGAUCUCUACGCCCCAGCUUGGUCUCGCAAAAUGCAGCCCUAAGCGCCUGCAAACAAGGAUCUCAGUGGCAGAGGGCGGUGCAGCUAUUGCGACGGUGUAGAACCGCCAGGAGCUUGCACGACAGUUUCAGCUACAACUCCUGCAUCAGCGCCUGUGGGGUGGCAUGGGCUGAGGCCCUGAAAUGUCUCAGCAGCAUGGCCUGCUGCAUUCGCCCGGACCUGGUGGCCUACAAUGCGGCCUCUCAUGCAACUGGCCUGGCACACGCGUGGGAGCAAAGCUUGCAGCUUUUCCAUGAAGCUGCACGUGUCGAGCAACGGGAUUCUGCCGCUUAUGGCACUGUUGUGAUGGCAUCCGGAAGUGGUUUCUGUUGGCCGCGAUCGUUGGCUCAGCUACUGGAAAUGAUACAGGUAGAUUUCCAUCCAGAGGUUGGCAUUCUUAGCUCCGCCAUCAGUAGCUGUGAGAAAAGCCUGGAGCAAUUCAGGCCCCAAAGGACGUUGUUCAGCUGGGCCUUGGUUGACAGCUGAUGUUGAGCAUCUGAAGAGAUCCCUGAUGGCAUCUGAUGGCAAAACAGAAGGGAGAUGGCCAGAGGAUAAGUCGUGAAGUCAGAGGUCUUGGUUCAGAACCGCUUUCAGGAGGCUUUCUGGAGGGCUUCAGCAGCUCCUCAGCAUGCUUCAGCAGCUCAGCUCCCAGCCCAAGCGUCAGCAAGAGCCAGUGUCUUGACAAGAGGAAGAGCUUCCUGGAUGGCGUUUAUCAUUUUGCGCCACACUGACGGAAGAACAUUCUCAACCUGUUGAGAUGGACUUGUGCUGAGUGAGUUUGAGAUUCUGGAGGGACACCUGUCAGAGUUGGGGACAAGCAAUGCCAGGGAAGAGGUGCAAAGAUGUGCAAAGAUAGCCAGUGGUGAAGAACAGAGCCACAGGGAUACUCCACAGCUGAUAUUGAUAUUAAGAAGCCCAGUGAAGGUGCCCUGUUUCGACAAAUGCCUCCAACUCUGAUUCGAUAAGAAAAA